CAGAUCUGUACGCAAGGAGCCAUCAAAGACAAUGUCCCCAUAACCAGUAACUCACCUUUCGCCAACCCUUAUAAGAGGCUUGCAAGAAGCUUGACACGGCCAUCCCGUACGGCCUUCCCACUUCAUCCUCUUCCAUAAUACUUUCUCUCGCCAUUUUUCCUCUUUAUCUGUUGCUAUGUCGCACCAAACAACCUCGGAGUCGACUAACAAUGACUCCAAGACUUCUCGCGUGGGGUGCCAGUUCUGUGACAAGACCUACUCCUGCAACGAAGGCCGCAACCGUCAUGAACGUACUGUACAUAGCAUUGAACUCGCCAAUGUUGAAGCAUACACCCACCCACGCACCGGCAUCAAGUACUUCAAAUGCACAACGCCAGGGUGCCCCUUCAUGGCCAGAAACAUGCUUACCGUCUGGGAUCAUCGCAAGUCCUGUGGCGAAGUCCCGAAUGACCAACGACCAGAAGAAAUCCCCACCCAAGCCGAAACCACUACUGCCGAUGACGACCUAGCCUUGGGCCAGAAACUCUUCCCAUUCCUGUUCGACGGGCAGACUGCUCUAUCUCAAUCAACCAAUAUCCCUUUCGCAGACAGCAACUCUUCGUGGGACAAUUUCAGUUUCCCACCUAACUCAUGGCAAGCGUAUCCCCCCGCUAGACUGGCUGAAUAUUCUGGAUACGCCACGGAGUCCGGGCAGCUACCAUUCGAUUCUUUGCUGAAUACAGGGAGGCAGAGUAUGGAAGAAAUGUUGUUCACUUUGAGUCAUACUGGACAAAACGCCGUCCCUCUUGACCUCCAGGUCCAGGGAGCCAGUUCAAGCUCGAAUGGAAGAAUUGCCGCGACCCCUUCAUCAUCCUCGGAUAUUUCAUUCUCCUUCGCUUCCUUCGACAUCGACGAAUCGCAUUCGUCUACAUCAGCGACGAAUUUUGCACGAAAUGGCGACUUUGAUAUGAGGGUGUAACAUCUAUUCCUCUAUUUCGCCGGACUUUGUAUAAUUGUUGGCUCUGUAACUCAUAGUAACACGUUAGUAUGUCCCGUCACCCGUCAUUUAAGGCCUAAAGCAUUAGAACGUCCCAAUUGAGGAGAAAUGGAACUUUAGGUAUGCUGCUUCAAUCGUUUGUUUGCUCCCAAUCGUCAAUUGCAUAAUCAGCAAUCAGCGAACUGUCUGA